UGGCGCUUGCGCAUGCGCAGGCCUGCCAGGGUCGAGGACUCGGUGAUGCGGCGGAGGUCGGCGUUGGUCCUGCGACGGACCGGGUGGAUGAGAACCUCGAGGUGCGCCUCGCCCAGCCAGAGUAGCGUAGCCAUCUUCUUGAGCGCCACCAGAUCGUUUCGCCACCCGUCGCUGCCGAUGCUGACGUGUAGGUGUGUACCGCAGCUCGAGUUGAGCCGGAUGCAGAAGUUUUCGCGCAGGUUCACUAGGGCAGUGGUCAUGUCUCCAAAGUCAGGCAGCGAGUCUAUCUGCAUCAGUGUUUUCUUCCUGAUGGAUGCACCAUCUGUCCCGGGUGCUGUUCGGGGCCCCUUGCCAUUGUCAUUGAGGUUUGGGGUGAGGCUACUGUUUAUCAGAGUGGUUGCUCCUGACCAGGCUGCAGCAUACUCGGAAUGUCUUGGGUUUUUACAGAGGACCUACAUGGUGUUCCUGACUUUUAGCGCUACAUGUCGUCGGCGUAUUGCGGCAGCAUCAUCUUUUGAUGGAUCUUGA